AUGGCUGCGCCCCCUGCUGCUGCCCCCGGAACUCGGGGAGCAGCAGGGGGCGUGCGUGGGGUGUCUGGUUCGGGCGCAGCAGCAGCAGCAGCUGCUGCUGCUGCAGCCGCCGCAGCAGCAACAGCAGCAGCAGCCGGGGGCGCUGCUGCUGCUGCUGCUGGGGGGGGCGCAGUGGCCUGCGCGUCGCCACCAGCAACAGCAGCAGCAGCAGCAGCAGCAGCGCUGGGCGCAGUGGCCGCAGCAGCAGCGGCGGGCGGCGUGCCGUCGCUGUCGCGCGUGGGCCUGGGCGCUGCUGCUGCUGCUGCUGCUGCUGCUGCUGCUGCUGCACCUGCAUGCAUCAACGGAGUCUACAAAGUUGGCAGAAAAAUCGGAAGUGGAUCUUUUGGAGCUCUUUAUGAAGGAGUGGAUUUAAAAGGAAAAGAAGUGGCCAUUAAGUUGGAACCUGCUGCAACAAAACACCCCCAGCUGCUGUACGAAGCAAGAAUUAUCAAGUUUCUUCAGGGAGGAAGCGUGGAGCAGGCGCGGCGGGACGACCUGGAGGGCCUGGGCUACGUGCUGCUGUACUUCCUGCGGGGCUCGCUGCCGUGGCAGGGGCUGAAGGCCACCAGCAAACGCGACAAGUACUCGAAAAUAACCAACACCAAAAUGAGCGUGGACUUGCAUGCGCUUUGCGCGGGGCUGCCGAGCUGCUUCCUGACUUUCCUGACGUACUGCAGGGCCCUGCACUUCGCAGACGCCCCGGACCACGGCUAUUUGCGGGGGCUGUUUCUGGAGGCGCUGCAGCAGCAGCCCAAGCUGCUGCUGGCGCCCUUUGACUGGAUUCCAGUCGUGGGCUGCUGCUCUUGUGCUGCAUGCAAAAGACAGGGGCCGCUGCCGCCGCAGCAGCAGCAGGAGGAGCAGCUGCGGCAGGUGGGGCUUUCUCCGGGGCGAGUCACUGCAGCGGCAACGCGCGCAGCAGCGAGGCGCGCGUCUGCAGCGCAGCGCCAGCAGCAGCAGCAACACCAGCACCAGAUCCAGCAGCAGCACCACCUCCACCACCAGCUGCAGCAGCUGCAGCAACUCCAGCAGGAGCCCGAACAGUGGAGGCCCUGGAGGCCCCAGCGAGGCCGCGCCGCGCGCUGUACGUAG